AUCAACCUUCGGUGCUGGAAUUAGAUCGCUUGUCUCAAAGAUUCCAUCUUGCUCAUAACCUCCUUGCAUGUGAGAAUCCAAGCUAUCUCAGGAGGCUCCGACUUUUAGUCUGUUGGCUUUUGUUGUCUAUCUCGGCGUCUUUGUGAAAUAGCAACUUUUUUGGUUAUAUCCGGGCAGUGUUUCUUUUUGUUAUCCUGUCCAAGUAACAUCCCUCUGGAUGAUUUAUCGGAAUUGAUCAAGAGUGCAUAGCAAUUUCGACUUUCAGCAGAAUUUUCAGUCAUGUUUUGCGAUCAUUAACCCAAGAAAGUGGCGCUUGUUAGGCCUGCAUAGAUUCUUCUCAGUGCCAAGGUGGAUCACUCUUUUAUUGCAAUUUGGAAGACAUGGCUUUGGCUCGACAAGGUUAUUGACCACGUGUAAUGGUGAUGCACAGACAUUUUAGGCUGGAUGAUGGCUACAGCAGCAGUUAUUGGAUUACACACAGGAAAGAGGCUUCUGAGCUCUUCAUUCUGUCAAACCGACCUCACUGAGAAGUUAUUCUCUGUUCCAGAUCAUGGUUCACUGCCAUUUUCGGGUGGCUCCACUAAAUGCACCAUAGUUGCAAAGAAGUCUUCUCAUUUUGGGUCAAAUGUUCCACCAACCAGGCACAUACCGACUAUCAAGGCACUGAGAGAACGUGUCAAUACUUCAGCUCCUUCAACUAGCGAUACAUGGUCUGAGAGGCCUGAUCUUGAAUCUUCUCUAGAGGUCCUCAUUUUGCUACAGAAGUCUAUGUUGGAAAAGCAAUGGGAACUUCCUUUCACACAGAUGACAACUGUUGUUGCUCCUGAGAAUAGCUGCCAGAUGCCAGAAAUUACUCGUUCAGGGAUAUCUGCCCGUGAGAGGAGAACUAUUUCCAGUAGGAAAUGUUUUAGUCAUAAGGCUAAUUUGGUGCCAUCAAGCAGAGUGAAACAGCUUCAUCCAAGUGUUAGUCGCGAGUUACUUAAAUCUGACAUUAGUGGUUAUGUGCGGGGCACCGUGAGUGAAAACUUGCUGACACAUGCAGAAGUCGCAAAUCUGUCAAAGACAAUAAAAGCUGGUAUACAUAUACAAGAACAGAGGGCAAAACUGCAGGAUAAAUUGGGAUUUGAACCAACUGACAGACAGCUGGCUUCUUCAUUGAGGAUGUCACAUGCUGAGUUGCACACAAAAAUGAUCGAAUCUUCUUUGGCAAGGGAGAAGCUUGCAAUGAGCAAUGUUCGUCUAGUCAUGUCUAUUGCACAGAAGUAUGAUAACUUGGGAGCAGAAAUGACUGACCUUAUCCAGGCUGGUUUGAUUGGGCUACUUCGUGGGAUAGAAAAGUUUGAUUCUUCCAAGGGCUUCAGAAUAUCUACUUAUGUAUAUUGGUGGAUACGACAGGGUGUCUCGCGAGCAUUGUUUAAGAACUCCAGGACAUUAAGACUGCCUACUCAUUUGCAUGAAAGAUUAAGUUCAAUUAGACAUGCAAAGAUUAGAUUGGAGGAGAAAGGAAUUACACCAUCAAUUGAUAAACUUGCAGAGACCCUAAAUAUGUCGCAGAAAAAAAUACGGGAUGCCACACAGGCAGCGAGCAAAGUACUUUCUCUUGAUCGGGAAGCCUUUCCCUCAUUAAAUGGCCUUCCUGGCGAGACUCUUCACAGUUAUAUUGCAGACAGAAACGUUGAAAAUAAUCCAUGGUAUGGUUUUGAGGAAUGGUCUCUCAAGGAUGAAGUCAAGAAGCUUUUAUAUACAACACUUAGCAAGCGGGAGAGAGAGAUUAUUAGACUUUAUCAUGGUAUUGACAGUGAGUGUCAUACAUGGGAGGAUAUCGGCAAACAGUUCGGUUUGUCGAGAGAACGUGUUAGACAAGUGGGGCUCAUCGCCAUGGAGAAGCUCAAGCAUGUGGCAAGAAGAAGAAAAUUGGAGGCAGUGUUGGUAAAGCAUUAAAAUGACAUGUAUCGAUCGGCUUGGCACUACAUGAUGACCAUGUAUAUGAAACAAAAACAAACAUGGAUCUCUACAUUUAUUUUUCAUCGAGAAGUAAUUAUACGUGUACAUGUUUAAUGGUGCAAUUGGAAAUACUCGCUGGUCAAAGAAUUUUGUUUCACAA